AUUAUUGUUCUCCCUUUUUCAAAAAUUCUUAGUCUGUGCUACCUUCUGUUUGUUGAACAAAUAUGCAGUAUUCUUGUUCCAGACUUAUUUCGUGGGGAUCCAUGGUCAAAGGACCGGCCUAAGGCCAUGUUUGAACGGUGGAUGGCAAGCCAAGAUGCCCAGAGGAUUGCAAAAGACAUUGCCACCUCAACGAAAUGGUUGGUUGAUGAAUUUAUGGCUGCAGGAAUUUCAAAGAAGCUUGGUAUAAUUGGUUUUUGUUUUGGGGGUGGCCGAGUCAUAGAGGUUCUAGCUCGGGAUCAAGGUUCUUGUUUUGGCACUGGGAUCUCCUUUUAUGGAACAAGGAUAGAUCAAUCUCUAGCAUCUAAUGUCAAGGUACCUGUCUUGCUCAUCUCAGGGGAUAAUGAUCCUCUUUGUCCAGUUAGUAUCUUAAAGGAUAUUGAGAAGAGGAUUGGCGGGGGAUCCAGGGUGGUGAUUUUUGAGGGAAGAGGUCAUGGGUUUGCUCAUCGGCCUCUUUCUCCGGAAGAAGAUGUAGAUGCAGAACAGGCUUUUACAAAGAUGAGAAAUUGGCUGCACGAUGGUUUGGCUGUAAACAAUUAAAUGCUUUGUAUGUUUAUUACAAUCUUAAUGUAUAUUUCAUCUUA